GUCUCCAUCUCUUGUGUGCUUUAGGGGAGCUUUCCACUCUGCCUGAGAAAACACACCUAGAAAAAGCAGGAACGUCAAUCCCCGCCAUCCCCUCGAGGUCUCCCAACCUCCCCCAGCCUCCAGAGAGCAAAGCGCGAAGGGGCGCGGCAGCCCGGACCAGCCCACAGCCACACGCAGCCUCGCAGUCUCGCCAGUCCCCUGCCGUCGCAGCAGCUGCAGCCGUUUGGAGAUGGGGCAGUGGCGGGGGCGCAGGGACUGCACAGGGAGCCUUGGUUGUUAGCUCCCAGGUCUAGGUGCGUGCAGCCGCCGUGAGCAGCUCGUAGCCAGCGUGGGUCUGUCGUGACAGUGCAGUGAAGGCUGGGCACCGGCUCGAGUUGAGACCCCGGAGGCACAAGCCAUGACGGACGCCAGCCAAAAGAAGGAGGGCUUCAAGAAAUGUAGGAGCGCCACUUUCAGCAUCGAUGGGUACAGCUUCACUAUCGUUGCAAAUGAAGGAGGAGAUAAGAAUGCCCGUCCACUUGCCCGCUUCUCCCGGUCUAAGUCACAGAACUGUCUGUGGAACUCCCUCAUUGAUGGGCUCACUGGGAAUGUCAAGGAGAAGCCACGGCCAACAAUUGUUCAGGACACCCGACCCCCGGAGGAAAUUCUGGCAGAUGAGUUGCCACAACUGGAUAGCCCGGAAGCUUUGGUGAAGACGUCCUUCAGGUUACGGUCUUUGGUCAAGCAGUUGGAACGAGGGGAGGCCUCUGUGGUGGAUCUGAAGAAGAACCUGGAAUAUGCAGCUACUGUGCUUGAGUCUGUGUAUAUCGAUGAAACAAGGCGACUUCUGGAUACAGAGGAUGAGCUUAGUGACAUUCAGUCAGAUGCUGUGCCUUCUGAGGUCCGAGACUGGCUGGCCUCCACCUUCACGCGACAGAUGGGGAUGAUGCUUAGGAGAAGUGAUGAGAAGCCCCGGUUCAAGACUAUCGUCCACGCAGUGCAAGCUGGGAUAUUUGUGGAGAGAAUGUAUAGGCGGACAUCAAACAUGGUUGGGUUGAGCUAUCCACCAGCUGUUAUUGAUGCAUUAAAGGAUGUGGACAAAUGGUCCUUUGAUGUGUUUUCCCUCAACGAGGCCAGUGGAGAUCACGCGUUGAAAUUCAUUUUCUAUGAAUUACUCACACGCUAUGACCUGAUCAGCCGUUUUAAGAUCCCCAUUUCUGCGCUUGUCUCAUUUGUGGAGGCCCUGGAAGUGGGGUACAGCAAGCACAAAAAUCCUUACCACAACCUGAUGCAUGCCGCUGACGUCACGCAAACCGUACAUUACCUCCUCUAUAAGACAGGAGUAGCAAACUGGCUGACGGAACUGGAGAUCUUUGCAAUAAUCUUCUCGGCUGCCAUCCACGACUAUGAACACACUGGAACUACCAACAAUUUCCACAUUCAGACACGGUCGGAUCCAGCUAUCUUGUACAAUGACAGAUCUGUCCUGGAGAACCACCACUUGAGUGCAGCCUACCGCCUUCUUCAGGAUGACGAGGAGAUGAAUAUUCUGGUCAACCUCUCAAAGGAUGACUGGAGGGAGUUUCGCACCUUGGUAAUUGAGAUGGUAAUGGCCACGGAUAUGUCCUGUCAUUUCCAGCAAAUCAAAGCCAUGAAGACAGCCCUGCAGCAGCCAGAAGCAAUUGAAAAGCCGAAAGCCUUAUCUUUGAUGCUGCACACAGCAGACAUCAGCCACCCUGCAAAAGCCUGGGACCUGCACCAUCGCUGGACCAUGUCUCUCCUGGAAGAGUUCUUCAGACAGGGAGACAGAGAAGCUGAGCUGGGGCUGCCGUUUUCUCCUCUCUGUGACAGAAAGUCAACCAUGGUUGCUCAGUCACAAGUGGGUUUUAUUGACUUCAUUGUGGAACCCACCUUUACCGUGCUCACAGAUAUGACUGAGAAGAUUGUGAGUCCCUUAAUCGAUGAAACCUCCCAGACUGGUGGGACUGGCCAGAGGCGCUCAAGUUUGAACAGCAUCAACUCCUCAGAUGCAAAGCGCGCAGGUGUCAAGAGUUCUGGGUCAGAAGGAAGCGCCCCCAUCAACAAUUCUGUCAUCCCUGUUGACUACAAGAGUUUUAAAGCCACUUGGACUGAGGUGGUGCACAUCAAUCGGGAGCGGUGGCGGGCCAAGGUGCCCAAAGAAGAGAAAGCUAAGAAGGAAGCUGAAGAGAAGGAUCGCCUGGCUGCUGAGGAAAAGCAAAAGGAAAUGGAAGCCCAAAGCCAAACUGAACAAGGCAAAGCUGAGAAGAAGACAUCAGGAGAAAUGAAAGGUCAAGUCAGUGGAGCCCGUACAAACAAGGCGAAGAACCCCAAAGGCGACAAGGCAGGAGAAAAACAGCAGAAUGGUGACUUGAAAGACGGGAAAAUUAAGGCCGACAAGAAGGAUCACUCCAGCACCGGAAAUGAUUCAAAGAAAACAGAUGGUACAAAGAAGCGUUCUCAUGGCUCACCUGCUCCAAGCACUAGUUCCACAAGUCGCCUUACCUUGCCAGUCAUCAAGCCUCCUUUACGUCACUUCAAACGCCCCGCUUAUGCAUCUAGCUCCUAUGCGCCUUCAGUUCCAAAGAAAACGGAUGACCAUCCUGCAAGGUACAAGAUGCUGGACCAGCGGAUCAAAAUGAAGAAGAUCCAGAACAUCUCUCAUCACUGGAACAAAAAAUAGGGCAAGCACAAGAAGAGAGGGAGUGAGGAAGGGCCUGCCUGUCUGCCUCAGCACCAAUCAGAUGCAACGGUACACACCAGGGAAGUCAUGCAGCUGGCGCUCCUAUGAUUGACUCUAAGAGGCAAAGUGAAAAUUGCUUGAGAUUUCCCUUGGUCAUUCUUUUAUCCAUACAACAGGCACUGGAUCCGGGGUUCAAAUCCAGACUCCAACAAAAAACUAGUAAAUGGUAGAUUUGAUUUUAUUACAUUAGUCUUUAAAAGACUUAAGUUGCAACCAAAUUAAAAUGAUAUAUCUUGCUCGGAAAAUAAAAUUCUUCCCACUGCCGUGUUUUCUAAUCCCCAAGAGAUGACUUGCCCCUAUGCAAACACUGGCUCAAUAACUAUGAGGGGUAAGAAAUGUACUUCUAAAGAUAAUUUUCCAAUUAAAAUUAUGUUAUGUUGUGAAAUUAAAAUGUAGUUACAUCAUUUUUCCUUUUGUUAUCCCCCUUCCAUACCCUCAUGCACACAUGCCCUUGAUCUCCCUCAGAAUCAUGGCCUCUUGCUUUAAUUGUUGAUAUUAUAUAUAUAUAUACAUAUAUAUUAAUUUAUAUAUAGCAAUUAUAUAUUUAUAUUCCUAAAUAUAUAAAUAUAAUCUGCUCAGUCCCUAUGUUACUUGCAUCUG